CUUGAAGAACUGAACAAUGCCGGUCGACAGGAGAAAGGUUUGGGUAUUUGGGAGUGCUUUUCUUCUGCGACUCCUCCUCAUUGUCUUUUUCCCCGGCCUCCCCGAUCUUCUUACAGGUCGGGUUGAAGUUUCAACUCCAGUGAGCAGCUUCAAGAGGUUACAAGAAGGCCUUUUUCUAUAUAAACGCAAUGUCUCCCCUUAUGACGGCGGUGUUUUUCACCAGGCACCCAUCCUCCUCCCAAUCUUUUCGCUGCUGCCUGAGCCUCGCGAUUACCAGCUUGUGACUGGACUCGUGUAUAUUGUUCUCGAUCUUCUGAACGCCAAUGCUUUAGGACGUAUUGCCAAUUCAGACGAAGCUGUUGCUCCGAGGUUGUACACCUCUCCAAGGAAGCAUAUAAGAUGGGAUGGGACGGCAAUUGCUGCUGGAUAUCUGUUUAAUCCAUUCACGAUCGCGUCCUGCCUCGGUCGCUCCACGAACGCGUUUACUAACUCCGCGAUUAUUUCUUCUAUCUCUAACGCCAUCGCCGGCAAUAGCUUCAACUCGAUGCUGGCUUUGGGAUUGGCUUCCUACAUGUCACUCUACCCGGCACUCCUCUUCCCACCAAUGGCCCUACUUUGCUACGAUCGAUACGUCAGGAAUGGAAAGGCCACUAAAGGGGCUAUUUCAUAUUCGUUAGAACGACUCUCAAUCCUUGGCGGAAGUAUCGGAGUCCUCUUAUACAUUUCGUAUCUUAUCGUCGGCCAGUCGUGGGAGUUUAUAUCUGCAACAUACGGCGUGCAACUUCUGGUUCCAGAUCUCACCCCUAAUGCUGGGCUCUGGUGGUAUUUCCUUAUCGAAAUCUUCGACCCUUUCAGGGAAUUUUUCUUAGGAGUGUUCUGGUUGCAUUUGUCUGCAUACGUCGGUGGUUUGACUGUUCGCAUCCGGCGCCAACCAUUAUUUGUUAUCACUACUCUUUUCGGAAUUUUCGCUAUCUUUAAACCCUAUCCCAGCAUCUCGGACGUUUCGAUCUAUUUUGCGUUCCUGCCGCUCUACCGACACAUAUUUCCUCUUAUGCGAUAUACGUUUUUCGCGGUUUCCGCCCUGUUGUAUGCAAGCCUCUUGGGUCCAAUAUUUCACCAUCUUUGGAUCUACGCGGGGUCGGGGAACGCAAAUUUUUUCUAUGCGAUAACACUUGUAUGGAGCCUGGGGCUUUCGAUCGUCGUGGCCGAUUCCCUCUUCGCGGUAUUGAGAGAUGAAUGGGAGCAAGAGAGGCCCGAGAUGAGAGGAAAGGACGCGAGGCAGAUUUAG